UAAUCAAGCACAUUAUACUUGGAAUAUACGUCAAUAGUCUUCAAAACGCUUAACACCAAGCAGAGAAGUGAAUGCAUACACCGGUUGAGUUGAUUAUUGAUAGUCCAACGUUUGCUGAAAAUGGAAAAAAAAUUCAUGUGGCCAGCUUUGAUGUCAGUUGCGUUCGCGACAUUGCUUCAAAUCGGCGUGUCCUUGCAUCCAUACUCGGGGUAUAAGUCCCCGCCUCUUUUUGGAGACUACGAGGCUCAGAGACACUGGAUGGAAAUUACUUUUAAUCUACCUGUAAAUUCUUGGUACUGGAAUACAGAAAAUAAUGAUUUGAUGUAUUGGGGUCUUGACUACCCUCCACUAACAGCGUACCAUAGUUACAUUUUUGGUGUUAUCGCAAAUGUUGUAAAUCCAGAGUACAUUGCACUGAACACUUCAAGAGGACAUGAAAGCUACAACCACAAGUUUUUCAUGCGAGCAUCUGUAAUCCUCUCAAACUUGGUUGUUUACGUUCCAGCAUUAUUUUGGUUUUUCUCGUCAAAGCUCGUAAUCCAGAACUUUUCUGACGUUACUUCGUGCUACUUUGCUUUCUUUGUUGCUCUUAUGUAUCCAGGACUGAUGCUCAUUGACAAUGGACACUUCCAGUACAAUGGAGUUUCCCUAGGCUUGAUGGUGGCUGCAGUAACCUCAAUAUUUCGAAAUAAAGAUGUUUGGUCUACCAUAUUCUUUUGCCUUGCUCUGAAUUAUAAGCAGAUGGAGCUCUAUCAUGCUUUUCCAUUUUUUUGUUACUUUUUAGGAAAAUGUAUAAGUUUAACUCGUCAUUCAUUUGGUUUAUGUUGCCAAAAACUUGCCAUUAUUAGUUUAACUGUAAUCUCUACUUUUGUGAUUGUUUGGUUUCCUUUUCUGUCGAGCCUGGACUCAGUAUUGCAAGUUAUCCACAGAGUAUUUCCUCUGGAUAGAGGGAUUUUUGAAGACAAAGUUGCUAAUGUGUGGUGCAGCUUGCACAUAAUUUUUAAACUGCGCAAUAGUGUGUCCAAUUUGGCACUGGCCAAAACUUGUCUGGUGGUUACGUUUGUGGCAAUAUUGCCAUCCAGCAUCAACUUGGUUGCGAAACCAACGCUGGACAAGUUUCUGCUGGCAUUGAUUAACUCUUCGCUGGCUUUUUUCCUGUUUUCUUUCCAGGUGCACGAGAAGAGCAUUCUACUGGUUGCGAUCCCGGUUGUGUUGUACCACCACAACGACCCGUUCAUGUGUUCGUGGUUCCUGAUAGUGUCCGUCUUCAGCAUGCUACCGUUGUUCGUGUUGGACGGCCUGGUGACGCCUGCAGUAGCCCUGCUGGUAGCCUACACGCUUCUCCUAUACUUGCUCAAGUACCUCAGCAUAGACCAAGUGUUUUCUCUGCCGUACUCAAAGUCAAAUUACCGUGUAAAUCAAAAAGUCAGGACUAAGAGCGUCUCACGGGCAUCUGUGGUCUGUGUAGAUCUGUUCAAAGCAUCUGUUUUGGGCUGUGCUAUUUUGGCAGAUCUUUUCAUAAUGUUAAAGCCACCAAUUAGGUACCCACACUUGUUCCCGGUCUUGAUUUCAUUGUAUUCUUGCAUUCAUUUUGUGUUCUUUUUAGUGUACUUUAAUUUCAAGCAGAUAUUCAUGACUUGACUUACCAUCUACAUACCGUUAAGUAGCAGGAUUCCAUAACUAGGCUGCAACUUUCUGCUAACAUAUUUUUUUUUUUUUUUAUUGCAGCAAUAUUGUUACCAACUAUACAGUGAAGAAAGUCUGGUGUUACUCAUCCUUCACUCCAUACUUCACAAGAGUGAUUAUAGUCCAUACUUUUUAGCUGGUGAGACACGUUAAGUGUUAUAUUGUUUACAUUUCAAAUAUUUCAUACAAAUCAGCUUAUGUACUUACCAUUCCAACAUUAUUUAAAUUAAUAGGUGCACUUAUUGUUGUGCCAUAGUUUUCAUAAAUCAUUCAGAAUAUUUGUUCCAUUAACCAAAAGAACUAUUCCUAACCAUCAUACAGUAGAAGGCCCUUGCAAUCCCAAUCAAUUAUAGCAUUAUCAAUAACCAAAUGAAUACAGCCAGAAAUAUUUUCCUAUGUUGUUAUACUUAGCGUUUUAAAUAUGUAAUUACUGCAAGCAUGCAGGAUGAAUGUAAGAAAACUUAAGUGGUCAGUGAGCUAAUAACCCUAAAACUUAAAAUUGUAAAUCUGUAAAAAAAAUGUUUUCGAGACUGCUUCUGAUUAUCUAAGUUGAUUAUCUAAAUGAUGUUUGAAAGUUUCAGUAAUUUGUGCUGUGCAAAUCAAAAAAUUGUACCAUAGCCUUUCAUACACAUUAGCUGUUCCCAAAUAUCUCAUUAAAGAACACUUUAGUUUAAAGGAUCAUUGAAAAGUACAUAUUAAAGCACGCAGCAAAUGUAAAUGACCUGAAUAUUUUCAAUGAUUCUUAAAAAAAUUGCUGAUGCAACCUUUCAUGAAAUAAUGGGCCGCUCACAUCCGUUUGUGCAUCUAUGAGUGAACUUAGAGGGGUUUGUUUUGCUAUCUUUUAGUAAAAAUAUGUCACUUUUAUUUUGUUUGGGCAGUGCUUUCUACACUAUUUUAUGUUGUUUUUUUUUUUUUUCAAUUAUUGUCAAAUAAUAACUUUAACUUAUUAAAAUGAAGGGCAUAAGAAAGUAUUUUUUUUAUAUACACUCAGUUAUGUAAGUGUUGAAAGUAUUCACUGUUGGUUUAUCACUGAAUGCAGCCUUGAAACUAAAGGAUCCUUUGUUUAAGGUUGCAUUGGUAAAGGAAACAUCCUUAAUAUUUAAAAACAACCAUAAUAUUUAUAAAUUGAAAGUGUUUGGAUUGAAAUGAAGAAGUUUUUGACACAUCCCGAAAAUAUAACCCCUACACUGCAUUUUUGCAUAUGUACGACUUAUAAAUGGGUUGGCUAAAUUGUAUGCAUUAUACUUUUUUUUUUCUUGUGUUCUUGUGUAUGUUGUAAAGUUUGUAAAUUAUUACCACUUUAAAAUUGUGAAAUAUGUCACUAAAUGUAAGGAUACAUAAUCAGAAUUUUGUCAUGACUAGAUGUAUUCUGCAGGAAAAAUUCUACUCUUUUAGGUUUACUUUUGUCAAAGCAGUACACAAACACCAACCCAAAAAAAGUACUUGGAUACAUCUUUUAUCAUCAUAUUUAUCCUCUUUGUCAAUAAGCUUGUCGUCGCUCCGCUCGCCCUCCCUCGUCGCUCGACGCCCGGUUGCUCAGUUGUACUAGGUAGAGUGGGGUUCGGCCAGUGUGGCCAGGGAGAGACAAGCUAAGACAUAUAAUUAAUAUCCACCAGUCCGCGACGAACACCCAAUUUAUUGAUACAAGACCCUGUACAUGGGGCUGUCCUAACCCCGCCUGUGACAGUCUGGUUGGCGCGCGGCUACACAAGGGUUUAUCCCCUGACCGGAUAUUCCGCGUUACGCUCUGGCUAACCUGCAUCGUACUAUGUCCGGUAGUUCAGAGGCACCCGGAAAGGUGGCACGACACUAACACACUAUGCCACGAGCUACUGUAUGUAGACCUAAAUGCCCUGCAAGAUAUUGUAUGCACCGUAGAGGCUACUACUCCUCGCCACAUAAAAGAACAAUUUAUAAUUCGGAAACUGACUCCUAGCUGCCUCUAUGCCUGCGUCGUGAUGCACUUACUCCUGGUUGGCUCACAGCUCAGCGACCGUUUCGAGGCACGACUCCUCUCGUGACGCGACCGCUCCUCGUGCCUGCCCGGCAACGACUAACUCCCCUCUGCGCUGCGGCGCGGCGUG